AUGAAGAUCAUAUGCUUCAAUGCUAGGGGGAUCGCCAGUAGAGUGAAAUGGCGAGCGAUUAAAGAACUGGUUUGUCAGGAGAAGGCAGAUAUGUUGUUAGUUCAGGAAACAAAAUUGCAAGAUGUGGACAACAGGUUGUGUACCUCAAUUUGGGGGGAUGCUAAUUGUGAGUGGAGAUUUAUUCCAGCUUCCAAUAGGGCUGGCGGUAUACUCAGUAUAUGGAGAAGUGGGGCGUUUCAUCCUGAGGAGGUUCAUGGGGGAGGUGGGUUUCUGGGCUUAGUGGGAGUAUGGGAGAAUCAGUCAGAGCGGUGUGCUAUUGUAAAUGUAUAUUCACCAUGUUCUAUUGAGGGAAAGCGUGUUUUGUGGAGGGAAUUGCUGCCGUGGAAAGCUGGCAGUAAUGUUAGAGCUUGGUGUGUCGCCAGGGACUUCAAUGUUGUUAGAUGUGUGGAGGAAAGGAAAGGCAUAGGUCUUGACUCUGCAGGUGGGAGGAGGGAAAUGGUGGAAUUUAAUGAGUUUAUUGAGGGAAUGGAGGUUGUGGAUAUUCCCCUAAAUGGCCGCAAAUAUACAUGGUACAUGGAAGGAGCAACACUUUCAGGGAAGGGCAGCAUAUGUACUGAAGGAAAGACUGAAAGCGUUGAGGGGGAGCUUGAAGAGAUGGAACUUGGAAGCGUUUGGCAAUGUCAGCGAGAAGAAAAGGAGCUGGUAAAUUUGUUCAAUGAGCUCGACUUGAGAGCGGAAGAUGAGGAUCUUUCUGCAGCAGAGGUUAGACAACGGCAGACAUUGUUGGCAGAGUUCUGGAAAAUCUCUAAGAUGAAUGAGUCUCUUUUACAGCAAAAAUCCAGAACCCGAUGGAUUAGGGAGGGUGACUCAAACUCAAAGUAUUUCCACGCCUUGGUGAACUGGAGGAGGAAAACUAAUAGCAUUGUUGGCCUCACCAUCGACGGUAAUUGGUCUGAGGAUCCGAUUCGGAUUAAGAAAGGUGUAAAAGACUUUUUUGAGGCCAGAUUUUGA